AAACUGCAUGCUUCACGCUGGGGACCCAGCGGCGAGAAACAUCCUCGGUUUCGCCACUUUUUUCUUUUCACUUCCCAUUUUCGUUUCUUUCACUUCUGGUUCGUCUCUUUUCCGCUGCUUCCCUGGCCGACACAGGCAGGCGCGCUUUUUUCGCCUUCUGUCUCGGUGUUCCGCGGCCUCUCUCUCGGUCGGGGAUGCGUGCUCGCGCCGGUUUUUGUCUGACUUCCCGUGAAAAAGCACCCUGCUUCUUUGUCUUUCUACUCUUUUCCAAUUGUCUGUUUCUUGUUGAGGGGUGUUCCCCGUCUCGGAAGCCGGCUCGCCUAUCUGGACGAGAAAAAAGUUCCUCCAGACGGUCGUUGUCACCGCUCUUUCUUUCUCUCGCCUCCCCGAGUUUCUCGAGUUCGCGAUGAUCAAACCAGCUUUUCGUGAAGAAAUCUGAUUUCUCUGGGCUCUUCUUCUCCCUCGUUGCGUGUCCAUAUCUGUGCCUGGCAAGUACGUUGCGUGACGCUUUUUUUGCGCUGCAUGCUUCAAACAACUUCACCAUCUUCUCUUCUUGUCUCCGUUGUUUCCUCUGUGUCUCUGUCGUUCUCUGAAGCCUCUUCGUCGUGUUUUCACGGAUUUUCCGUCUUCUUUCUCAGCUUUUUUACCCUCCCUUUCUUUGCUUUCGUCUCGCGCUUUCUCUCGUCGCUCGGUCCCCUCCCUGCUCUUUGUUCCGUGUUCACCUCCCCGUCGUUUUUUCGAAAUCUGCUUUUUCGCGCUCUUCUCAGCUUCUUUUCAACUCUCUUCAGUCUGGCUUCAUUGUCUGCCUCUUAACCUCGAAAGACUCUUCCUUAUACUUUUUAUUUCGCCACUUUUUCUCGUCUUCCUCCUCACUCUGCCUCUCCUCUCUCCUGAGGAUCUGUGCAGUCCUGCGCUCUCGGCACCUGCGGAGCUCCCUCCACGAGGAUCUGUGUCCGCCGCCACCCUGCCGUUGCUUCUCGUCUUCUCCGGCCUGCCUGGCUUUUUUGUUUCUUCUUCGCGAAGCCCCCGCCCUCUCCAAGAUGUACAACGGUGUGGGUUUGCAGACGGCGCGAGGGUCCGGGACGAACGGCUAUAUUCAGCGGAACUACUCUUUUCUGCGUCAGCGUCGCACGGACUUUGCGCGGCCAGGCGAGGCGCUCAAGCCGAUUGUGGCGAAGAAGCCUAAGGCGUCUCUAGAGCCUGACGCGGAGCUUCUUCUUCACGAUGAAAAGCGGAGAGUCGAGGUCAAGCUCGCGGAGGAGCGCGAGCUGUUGCUCGCAGAGGGGAAGAGCGAACGGGAAGCCGAGAAGCUGAUCAGGAGUUUGCGGAGUCGACUUCUGAAGGACGUGGAAGUCGCGUUCCACGCGAAGCGCGACGGGGGGCGCGCGCAGGGCCUCUUCGGAACUGCGACGUUCGUCCCGGGUCGAGGCUAUCGAUCUAAGGAGGAGAACCGACAGUCGGCUGCGGAGUUUCGGGUGUCGGAGCAGGCUGUCUCGUCGCAUGCAGUCGCUGCGAAGAAGCAGGAGAAGCUCCGACUCGCGGCGGGGGCGCUGAACAUCGACGAGGCUCGCCACGAGGUCGGGCUCGCGUUUGACUUCAAGAAGCAGCAGGAGUUGAAGGAACAGAGACAGCGCGAGUGGGAAGAACGCAAGCGGAAGAUGGUCGAGGAGAGAAGAGACUUCCUCCUGCAGGCCCGGAAGCAACGCAAAGCGGAGAAGAAGAAGAGAAAGGAACGCGAGAGAGCAGCGAGAAACGCGCAGAAAAAGUGCAAACGUGGCGAGUCAAGCAGUGAUAGCUCCUCUUCCUCGUCUUCCUCCUCUUCCUCCUCUUCCUCCUCUUCCUCUUCCUCCUCUUCCUCUUCGUCGUCUGAGGAGGAGCACGAGAAGAGGACUGCAAAGCGAGAGAUGAAGAAGGAGGUGAAGAAGGAGAGAGAAGACAGAGAACUGGAGGCGGAGCGAGGACGAGAAGGACCGAGGCGACAGCGAGAAGUGAGAGAACGGUCGAGAGAGAGGGAGCGACCAAAGGAGGAAAGGAACAACUUCCUGAGAGAAGAUGAACGGCGAGAAAAAACAAGGAUGGACCCAGAAGACACACGGAGCGCAGAUCGUGAAAGAAGAGAAGACAGAGACAGAGAAAGGAGAGAAGAAGAGGGAGACCGGAGAGAAAGAGACAGAGAAAGGAGAGAAGAAGAGAGAGACAGGAGAAGAAGAGACAGAGAAAGACAGAGAGAAAACAUGGAAAGACACAGGGAAAACGACCGAGAAAGACGGAAGACAAGAGAGGGAGAGAGAGACCCGCGUUUCGGGUAUGAAGACGGCGAAGAGAUAGGAGACAGGAAGGAGCAACAUGUGAAGCAAGAGAGAGAACAGGGAAGAAAUGGAAAAGAGGGAACUCGAGAGGAGUCCCAGAAAGAUGUCGAAGAGGAGCUAGACGACCGGAGAACCCCCGACCUGGAACGCGAGAGAACGCGAAGAAGGGCAGAGCGACAUGCGAACACAGGGAGAGAAGAAGCUGAGGAAGCGAGAGAAAGGAGACACAACCACGGAGAAAGGACACACAACCACGGAGAAAGGAGACACAACCGCGGAGAAAGGAGACACAACCACGGAGAAAGGAGACACAACCACGGAGAAAGGAGACACGACCGCGAAGAAAGGAAACAUGACCGCGAAGAAAGGAGAUACGACCGAGGAGACAGGGGACAUGAUCGAGGUGAUCGACAAAGAGAAGUGUCUUCUCGCGUUCUUGUGAAACGUGAAGUCGAGGAGGAAGACGAUCGUAGGAAGCGAAGAAGAACGGAGGGAGAAGAAGAGCGAACUGGAGGAAGAGACCGACGGAGGGAGGAAGAGAGAGGGGGCCCUGAGGCUGACGGGCAUUCGUCGAAUACUCGACACAGACGAGAGAGAGACUCCGAGGAACGAGAAGACGCACGAAAAAGAAGAAACGCCGAAGACGGAAAAGAGAGAACAGAUGGCGGGCUAGACAGAGACGAAGAGUACAGACAGGAGAAGGGGAGACGCCGAAGAAGUGUGUCCAGCGGUGACGCAUAAGAACGCAUACCGAAAGGCAACAUCAGAGAAAAGAAAGAGGUGAAAACAAAGACAAGAAAGAGGCAAGGAGAGGCAAACGUGGAGUGACAAGAGCAGACAAACAGGGGUGGAAAAAAGGAAAACAGCUUAGGUGGGGCAAGGAACCGAGAAGGAACUGGUCCGUGUCGUGUGCCAGAGGAGGCGAGGAGGGGGAAAGAGACGGAUGAAGAUGUCCUUCUUUGUUGGGGGAUUUUUCCGUAGAUGACGACGCGUUUUUUGCCACGGAAGAGGAACUUUGAGGACCCGCGGAGGUCGCUGGGGGCUGCGCACCGCGGCUUCUCAGACACGCCAGAGGUGGGCCAAUCUACAGGGUGUCGGAUAGAGAGGAAAGGGAGCGUGAAGACGCGAAGGCAGAUGAGUGACGAGGAAACAGAGAUCGAAGGCAGAGAUUGAAAAAGGAAAGAAAAGUCCCAUUUUAAGGCGGCCACAUGUUGCUCCCUCCAGUCGCUUUGCGAAGGCUGGUAGGUGGAAGAGGAUAAGAGAGGAUGCUCGAAGGACGGAGAGAGCUACGAAGACAGAAGGGAGAUUUUCUUCACCCCAGUGCUUCGCUUUUCAAGAAAGGAAAGAAAACGAGGCGUUCGCAAGGAGACGAAGCAGGGCGGAUGGACCUCCAAAGAGCUUUUCAUGGUCGAAAAGAGACCACGGGCGUCCGCCGUCUGGUACAAAGUGUCAAACCUACUGCUGACUGCGAUGGGGAAUACGCUGUGGAAUGUGUUUCUUCAUAUCAGUGCGUGGUGGUUCUCUCGGAAAUCCGUUAUGUGACGAGGGUGGCGGUUCGUACUUUUUCGCGACUGAGAGAGACAGAGAAGGCGAAGAAGGUGGAACAGAAAAGGUGACGAGAGCGAACGAGAGACAGAGGCAAACGAGCAGCAAAGGGCGAGAAGGGAGAGGAGUGUGGCUCGUGGUCGCUCAGAGGGAAGCUGCGAAAGCAGAAAUGCCGACGUUUCGUGAGAGGAGCCGAGAAAGCGGAUGCCUUAUGCUGUUUUGUCAACCAAGAACCAGAAAGAUUAUCGGAGAGUGACAACGUGCAUGCAGUUGACAUGAAUCUUUAAUCAGUUCGCACAGCUUUCGCAAGUCGAACGACUGAAAAAAACUGUCCUUUUCUUUUUGACUGCAUGUACAGUGGAGAACUCGAGUUUUUGUCUCCCGCGUGUAUCGCCUCUUGAGUGAGUCCUUUCAACUGAUAUCUUCUUUCGUCUUCCUCAGCUCACCGGCAGGGGAAUUCUCGAAUUCUUCGUCAAAAACAUUUCUUCUCCAGUUUUUCCUCUUUUUCACGAGAUCCCUGAGCUGCGUGUCGAUGCUUAAACACUUUGAGAGGGUCCGAAACUCCCCACGCGUCUCCACGAGUUUUUUCAUUGUGCAUGUCCUCUGUCCAACGAGAAACCUUUUCUCACUUUAAUUCGAAUCAGUUAGCCGAGUUGCUUCUCUCUGGAGUCUCUCUGCCUCCUCAGAGCUUCUGCCUGUCUCGCACCAAUAGAACAAGGAACGUAGGGCGCGGUUGACCAUUGCUGCUUUUUCAAGGAGACACUUUUUGGAAGGAUGUGCCGAUGAUUUUCUCUACCCUUCUCUGCCUCAUCUGUGCAGUCGCUCCUCGAAUGCGGGCCGCUUUCUCGACAACUUAAUAAAUCAAAAUUGCAUGCAACAACAAACCCUGGGGCAAGCCCCGGCGUUCAUUCCAUGUUCCGCGGUCCGUACUCGACGAAUUCGCACUUUAAACGCGGCAUUCUCUGCGCCGGCAGUGUGGCUCAAACUGUGUUCUUUGUUUCUGAAUAAACUUUGCAACAGGAUAGGGAGGUCAAUCCAGGACAACAAGGACCGAGGGAGCAGUUAACGGGUCCUCACAGCAACCGCGAUCAGUUCUGUUCUAUCGGUGCACGACUGAGUAGGAGCUUUCCGUCGCUGCUAUACGGCGUCUCAUGCAUUCCUCAAUACCUGGAAUUGCCAUUUGUCAAGGUCUUUGUUCACGGUGAUCCCAGUCCUGAUUGUAGCGAAACAGCGAGAGCGGCUGAACUUCCUCCUUUUUCAUUUCCGGACCUUCCAGAUCUCAACAAGUGGUGCAACGGGCAGGCUCUCUUCCGCAAAAAGGGGUGCUUGCAGAAACCAAGGAAUCCCACUGUAGAGAGCGCAAAAAACAGAGAGUCCGUUAGGCAGCUGAGAGGGAGGAUGCAAGCGAUGUGCGAAGAAGACGUCGUCAGAGUAAAACACGCACAAGUGCGUGGGCAUUUCAUAAACUGUAAAUGUGCCAUCUUUGGCGUUUGCUUGCUAAUAUUUCACAGCGUUGCUUUCUUGCAUGCGGUUUUUUCGUCUGACAAAACACCUCGCACUGCCGCGUGGUGGUCUCCAACGGCUGAGGUGUGUUUUUCUGAAUUUUUUCUCGAGCUGAUGAAACAAAGCUGCGAUACGGGUUCACGAUUCUGCUCUUCGAAACAGUGACACUUUCGCGGCUCAACUCAGCUGCAUUCCCUCAGUGCUAUGUAUAUAUAGAAGUACAUAAAUAUUUAUAUAUGUAAAUAGAAAUAUGCAGAUGUGAAUACGCGCAUAUGCGGGUAUAUACAGAAAUAAAAUUAUAUUUAAAUAUAUGUAUAUAUAUAUAUGUAUAUAUUUGUGUUUAUCGGUAGGCAGAUCAAAGGUAUGUUUCUCUGUUUGCUGUAGGAGGCCCGUGGUUUCGUGUUGCUUGAGUGCUUCUCUGCUUCCGUCGGGAGAAGAGUUGCCGCAGGGACGAGAAAGGCUUCCCAGGCAACAAAAGAGAUGUUGACACACCAUGAGUCAGUUGUUGGCAAACUCUUCCGCAAACGAAGAUCCUCGCGCUUU